ACUAACUAGUAGUAGUCCAGUAAAACAUUAUUUUAUAUCACGUCAACAAAUACCCAACAAAGUAACACCAUAUAUCAACACCAAGAUUCAUUUCUAAACUUUCAAAAAUUGUGCUUUCUUUCUUCUCUCUCUUUACACCACCCCAACAUAGAUGGCUCCUUCUCCAUCUCCACACAUCGUCCUCUUAUUGAUUUCCCUCUUCAUUUUCUCUUUCGUACAUUCGUCGAUCGCUGAUGGCAGCGUCGACGGCUACUACAACCCGAUGGACUCGUCGAAUGGUCCCGAAAAUGUAACGGUUGAUCCCAGUGUUCAGUUUGAGAAUGAUCACCUUCGUAAAGCCUACAUUGCUCUUCAAGCGUGGAAAAACGCUAUGUUAUCGGACCCCUCUAAUUUCACGGGAAAUUGGGAGGGUCCUGAUGUUUGUUCGUAUAAUGGUGUCUUUUGUGCAAUGCUACCUAAUACGAGUUCUGACUCGUAUUAUGGUAAUACUUAUGAUAACACCCCAACCCGGGUUGUUGCCAGCGUGGACCUUAACCACGCUGACAUAGCCGGAUACCUCCCCGACGAGCUCGGAUUAUUAUCCGAUCUCGCGGUGUUCCACAUUAACUCUAACCGGUUUUGUGGGACCGUCCCAAAAUCAUUUUGCUCAAUGUCACUACUAUUCGAGCUAGAUAUAAGUAACAACCGGUUCGUUGGUAAAUUCCCUCCAGCCCUCCUAAAUUUACCCUCAUUGAAGUAUUUAGACAUCCGGUUCAACGACUUCGAGGGGCCGAUCCCACCCGCCAUCUUCGACAAGCCACUCGACGCCCUCUUCAUCAAUAACAACCGGUUCAAGUACGGGAUCCCGAAAAACAUGGGUAAUUCCCCGGUUUCGGUUUUGGUCAUGGCUAACAAUGAGCUAGGAGGGUGCAUUCCCUCUAGCAUUGGUGACAUGGGGUACACCUUAAAUGAGAUUAUAAUGUCCAAUGAUAAUCUCUCGGGAUGUUUACCCGAAGAAAUCGGUAACCUCAAACACGUAACGGUAUUCGAUGUGAGCUACAACAAUUUAUCUGGGUCAUUGCCACUAACCAUUAAUGGAAUGGCUAGCGUGGAACAAUUAGAUGUGGGUUACAAUCAAUUUACUGGUGUUAUCCCAGAAGCUAUUUGCUUGCUUCCAAACCUCCAAAACUUUACAUACUCCCACAAUUACUUUACUGGCGAUGCACCCUCGUGUUCCGCCUUGGCCGGGACCGGUAAGGUUAUCGAUGGAUCUCAAAAUUGUAUCAUUGGUGAGGCGAAUCAAAGGUCCGCUGAGGAGUGUGCCUCACCGCUGGCUACACCCGUUGAUUGUUACUCAUUUGGUUGUAUUAAGAAGCCUGUGUAUACGCCUUCGCCAUCAUAUACUCCUACCUAUUCACCACCACCUUACACUCCUAGUUACUCACCAUCGCCGUCUUACACUCCAACUUACUCACCAUCGCCGUCAUACACACCACCUCCAACUUCUUUCGGUGGAGCAUCGUCAGGGUCAUACUCACCGUCUCCGUCGUACACACCAUCACCAGGGUACAACACACCGUCUACUCCAAGCUAUAAUACUCCUUCCCCAUCAUACCAACCACCAACCUACACUCCUUCACCAGAUUACUACUACUCCUCACCUCCACCACCGUCAACACCGUCUUACAACACUCCGAAUUAUCCACCUUCAUCAUUACCCCCACCACCACCCGCCUCAGGGUACACUCCUUCCCCUGCAUACUCAACACCCCCUCCAGUAGGAUACAAUAGUCCAUCGUAUUCACCAUCGCCAUCAAACACACCCCCAUUAACCCCAUCAUAUUCACCAUCGCCGUCUUACACACCACCAUCAACAACCCCUUCAUAUAGUCCACCAACAGAUACCCCUACAUAUUCACCAUCACCAUCAUAUAGUCCACCAUCAACAACCCCUACAUAUUCACCAUCGCCGUCUUACAGUCCCCCAUCCACAACCCCUUCAUAUAGUCCACCAACAGAUACCCCUACAUAUUCACCAUCGCCGUCUUACAGUCCACCAUCAACAACCCCUACAUAUUCACCAUCGCCGUCAUACGGUCCACCAACAGAUACCCCUACAUAUUCACCAACGCCGUCAUACAGUCCACCAACAUAUUCCCCAACACCAUCAUACACCCCAUCAACACCGGAACACCACCAUAAACAAUCUCCACCACCAAAAGGAAAAUGUCCAUCAGAACAAUCACCCCCGCCAUCACACGGCGAAACACGAAUGCCACCAGUUUACGGUGUUUCAUACGGUUCACCACCACCUCCAAUCUUCCCAGGCUACUAAUUAACUACACCCCAUUAUCUUCAUAUCAUAUUUUGUAAUAUGUUAUAAUAUGUUCAUUAAUUA